AUGGCCAUCGACCUAGAACAAAAGGCAGCCACAGAAACAGAGAAAGCCCCGGGCACUAUUGUCUUGUUCAGGCCAAAGCUCGAUGCUUUAUUAUCAGCGCAAUCUACCUGCCAAUUCUCGCAGUGGCUCGUCAAGGGGUUGUCAACGAAAUGCGUCAACUGGCCUGAUCUGGAGCAGAGAGCUGGAGACAUUAGCCUCUGUAUGGAUUAUCUCACCUACACCUUUGAUCCGCUCCCUUUGGUUGAGGUUACUUGGUUUGGACUAUGGGAUCCGAGAGAGGAGUUUGAUGAAGAAUAUGGCCGUUGUCGGGUUAGGUAUCAUUCAUUUCUUGACGUGAUUGCAUGUCCUGACAACCCAGCUUCAGAGUUCGUGAGCACACGACCAAUCAACCCAAGCAUCGGAUCGCAGAAGAACCUAUCACUAUCUCGUCGAUGGAUACAGGAGUGUGUGGAAAACCACGUCGACUGUCCCAGGUUGACUGGCAAAUUCAUGCCUAAAUAUGUUCUGAAGCUUCUCCAGAACGACACGAACCAGUAUCACAUCAGUAUUUAUCAACCAUCCUCGCCUGAACCCUACACAGCUCUAAGCUAUUGCUGGGGUGGCGAUCAACCACACAAGACAACAAGAGCGAAAAUCAACUCGGGUAAUCUAGAGUUGAGCUACCACAUCCUUCCAGCGUCGAUCCAGGAUGCCAUUAGAGUAACCGUUGGCUUGGGCUACCAGUAUCUCUGGGUAGACUCGCUGUGCAUAGUGCAAGAUGAAGGCCAAGAGAAAGCCGAGCAGAUUGCUCUGAUGCCAAACAUCUACACCAGCGCCAUCGUCACCAUCGUGGCAUCUAGAGCAAACCGUGCGGUAGAUGGGUUUCUCCAGGACAUUGACGUCAAGGCCGUUACCAAGUUCUGCUUCAAACUCCCGUUCAAAUGUCCUGGCUCAUCCACCGUCGGUACCGUGUUUCUCUCUAAAAUCAGCAAUGUGGACGACCCUGAGCCUAUUGACUUUCGAGGGUGGACUUUUCAGGAGCGCUUCUUGUCCCCUCGCGUCUUGGACUAUGCAACGAAACAACUCUCGUGGACUUGUUCUUCGUCUAGUGUGGACGAGGGCUUCAGGGAUGGGUGGAAGCUCCGGUCCUUGAAGCAAGAUAGGCUGCUCCUCGAGAGCAACUUUUUCACUAAACAGAUGGGUUCGGCGGUACCGGCCGUCAAUGGGUCCCACAUUGAUGUCCAAAAUUGGAGACUCAUGGUCGCAUACUACACAAGAAGGAGACUAACCUUCCCAAAGGAUCGCAUCCUUGCCAUAUCAGGCGUCGCUGGGAUGUUCGCUACCGUUCUCAAGGACCAGUAUGCUGCAGGCCACUGGAGACAGAGCCUUCCGUUCGAUUUGUUGUGGUCAAAAUCCCCCGACUCUACGCCUGAGCGCCGCCCUUCUGAGUAUCUAGCACCGUCGUGGUCGUGGGCUGCCGUGACUGGUGAGGUUUGGUUCUGGUAUGCCCACAAAGCGAGCCCGUCAGAUAUGCCACCUGUCACACCUGACGUUCAUUUGACCGACGUCCUCACAGAACUAGAGGAACAAACUGCCGUGUUUGGAGCCGUGACGAGUGGCUGCAUUAAAGGCUCUGGGUCAAUUCGAAAACUCGUCUGGUUUGGGAACCAGGAAGCGCCAGAUCAUUUCCACGCGCUCCACGACUACACCAUAGAAGGAGAUACAAGACCAGUUCCAUUGUUACGGAUGAUUCCUGACGCCAUCGAAGACGAGUUUGCAAAAGACCCAUCUAGAAAGGAUGUAUCGAUCCCGGUCCAUCUCCUCCAUGUCGGUACCUGUACCAAUUGGGGAAUCAGAGGUCUCUUUGGGCUUGUUCUUCGUGAAAUGCCUUCCGUCGAACAGAGGCGAAGGUUUACUCGGCUGGGCAUCUUUCACAAUAGUCCCUCGCUAGCACGAAAGCGAAGAGCACUUGGUGUUGCUCGGCCAUGGGACAGUUUGGCCGAAGGAGAUAAUCUGGCCUUCUUUGCGGAUUGCGCCAAGGAGGACUUUGAGAUUAUUUAA